CACGAUUCAAAGAUUAGCCAUUCGACAAACGUGGCUCUCUAUCUUAGCAGACAAUUCGGUAGCACUGGGUCGUCCAAACAUCAGAGAUAUGAAGGAUCCUACGAAUUCCUCCAACACCUUACUUAUUCAAUACUUCUUUGUUUGCGGCCACUCCUAUCGAGAGUCGAAUCCGUUGUGGCGAAUGAGACAGAAGUCUACGGAGACAUUUUAAGGCUGAAGUACACGGAGAAAUACUCACUGUUAGUUAACAAGACGUUGACUUCUUUGAAGUUUGCGUCAACAAUGAACGUUAAAUUUGUUGUCAAAAUAGACGACGACGUGUAUUUGGAUUUUCCCAGAAUGGUUUGGUUUCUUAAAACAGCUUCUUUGCUUGAAAGGUUGUACGCUGGCAACUUAAUUCAUCGCGGAAAAAUUAUCAGGAGGAAACAGAACAAGUGGUACGUCAGUUAUCAAGAUUACAACGAGACCGCCUCUCAGUUUCCCGUGUACUGCAGUAGCCCAUUCUACAUCUUGUCUAAAAGCGUUGUUCUUGAACUUCUUGCCGCGUCCAAGUAUACCCGGACAUUUCCGUUAGAAGACGCCUAUCUGGGGGUGUUAGCUAAGAAACUCGGUAUUGUGCCUACUAAUCUGCGGAAGGGCGGUGUAAUCAUUUUAUUCAAUUUUAGAUUGAAAGCGGAGCAUGUAUGGGAAGAUAGCAAGUUAACUAAAUUCUUCGCACUGGGACACAGUUUAACACCCGAGAGGUUCUUUGCGUUUCAUAAAAGAUACGUUAACAUGACGAUUAGUUAUCUGUCAAAUUGAGCGAUCUCGUCCGUAAUACUGAGGUUGUAUACUGAUAUGUAAUGGUAAUAGGACUGAGUGGAGUCCAAUUCGGUCUGUUAUCAUAAGAGUGAUAACA